UGGUUGUAGGGAGUUUGUGGGGUUAAAUAUUGAUGAAGAAGGGUGGAUUAUAACUGCACCAUCUACGCCCAUGCGUUAGUGGGGCAGGAGACGACGCUUCUAAACACUCUAUAGCUGUCUGUGACUGCGCCUGUGCAGAAUUAACACUUCUGCUGACGUGUGACGACCCUGGCUUUAUCCUUCGUCGGGUUUUUUCAUGCCGAUUUACUUGGUUGAAGGUAUUUGCCACAUAAAGAUGAGUGUGGAAGUGGAGAGAAAGUUCACAUGCAAUCCUGACACUUUAAAGACACUGGAAAAGAUUGGGGUCUGUGUUGGUCACCAUCAGUUUCAUGACCAGUACUUUGACACUCCCACAUUUGACCUUACUUUGAGAAACAUGUGGCUUCGUAAACGUAAGGGAUGCUGGGAACUCAAGUGUCCUACUACACAGUCAGUCAACAGCACGCAAAAUUCAAGUGGACAGCAAAGUAAAGCAGGGCUGUGCACACAAUACAAUGAGUUAACGAACCUGCAUGAAAUUCACCAGAGAGUAAUAGAAGUCAUUAAUGCUGUUUGUGAAGAAAGAGGCACAAAGCCAAUCCAGUUAGACCUGGAAGAAUCUUGGGUGCAAAAUGCAAAUCUAGUGUGCUUUGCAGAAUUUACAACAAUACGACAGUCAUUUGCUUUAAAGGGGGAAGGUGUGAAUGUAGAUCUGGACCAAGCUGACUUUGGCUACCAAGUAGGUGAGGUGGAGGUGGUAAUACCAAAGGGAGGAGAUGUUCAGGCUGCUCUGGAGAAGAUUGAAAAUAUAGCUAAAAAACUGGGCCUGAAUCCACAUGAAAGAGUUCUUGGGAAAAUGGACGUUUACCUCAAAAAAAAUAAUCCUGAACACUUGGCCACUUUAAAAAGGAUGCAUGUUUUAUAAGAAACCAGUGAUGAUGUUUGAUGUGUACAACAAUGUAAAUUGAAUAAGAAAAUAAGUUAUUAAUUAACUAUAAUACCAAAGGUAAUCUGAAUGCCCCCACACACACAUAAAUAUAUAUUAAACUAUGUACAGACUAUGAUCAGAACCAGGCAACAAUUUGGACUUGGCACGCAGUGUUUCUAAUACAUUCCAGAUCAAUUACACAAGCACAUAUAUGCUUGAAUACAGUGUCCAUAUAGGAUCAUAUAUAUGGCAGCUGGUUAAACUAACUAAAUCCAUGACACAUGCAACUCAUACUGUCCAAUUUGCAUUUUUUUCCUCUCUGUCUUUUUUUUUGCUCAUGUAUGUUUGUUAGGUUUCCAUGUCACAUCAUCUGCAGUCUAUAGAGUUCAGUACUAUUGCCUCCAUUAAAUGCUUAAUAACUUAAUAAUAUCAUUCUGCAGCACCAGAGUGUCUUUUCACCAAUGUACGUAUCAUGUAUACUGUACUAUACUGGAGAUUAAAGAGCAUGGCACCGUCCCCACACACUGCUCCCCGGGCACUUAAAAGCUGCCCACUGCUCCCCUCGGUGAUGGGUUAAAAGCAGAGGCUCAGUUUCGUUGUGCACAUAAAAACAAUAAAUUAUUAUACCUAUAGUCAAUUUCUACGACUACCUUCAUUCUGAAACUGCUUAUCUGGGACUUUGGGAAGAAACAGGUGAAUGUGAGAAAAAAAAACAGUGAAGGACAGUAUGCCAACCAUGCUGAAGGUCAUCUAUUGUCUCGUCUCUGUGUGAGUCAAUAAUUAAAUGGCUAACUAAAGUAUACAACAUAUUGUGUAUACAACAUAUAUACAAGAGAAAGUUUCCAUCCAGUACUAACGCAAACAAAAUAAAUCUGCUAAUGUAAUGAGUAAGACUAAAAACAUAUAUGAUAUGUUGACCGAGCUCAUAUAUUUCACUGUUUUUGCUUUCACUGACUACACUUGAGGAUAAAGGAGGUGAGACUUUGUACAUCAGCUCCUUUGUUUACCCUCUCCUUGUAUUUCGUGGGGAAGACUUAAUACAUGUCAGAAUCUUGCAAGACUAUCUUACUAAGUUACCUUAAUUCUAUCUUAAGUAUAAAGUAUUUAUACAUCACUGUAUCCAAAGAGAAGAAAAAGAUUGAUAUGAUAUAGGGCAGCCAGCUACAGAUGCAGACGACCCAACAAUUUGUCCCAUGAGUUAUAUUCUGUCACCA